UAUCAUAUUCAGUUUUAAUUCCAACUGGUUUUCAACUUCUAAAAUGCCCCCUAAAGUUAGCGGCAAAGCAGCCAAAAAAGCUGGCAAAGCUCAGAAGAACAUUGCCAAAGGAGACAAAAAGAAAAAGCGCAAGAGGAAGGAGAGCUAUGCUAUCUACAUCUACAAAGUGUUAAAGCAGGUCCACCCCGACACUGGCAUUUCUUCGAAAGCUAUGACGAUCAUGAACAGUUUCGUCAAUGACAUUUUCGAACGUAUUGCUGGAGAAUCUUCUCGUCUUGCCCACUACAACAAGCGUUCUACCAUCACGAGCCGGGAAAUUCAGACAGCUGUCCGUCUCCUUCUGCCCGGAGAAUUGGCCAAGCACGCAGUAUCUGAAGGCACAAAGGCUGUGACUAAGUACACUAGUACUAAGUAAAUGGUCUCCACCUCCCUUUUUCCAAACGGCCCUUUUCAGGGCCACCAAAUUUUAAAAGAAAACGAAGAGUUAUUCCACAGAGUUUCUGUUUGUUGUACGCUAUCAGUACAGAAAUAGUCAAACCUCGUUAUCUUAGAAUAUUCUUAAAGCUUGCGGCAGUAAAUGUUUUGCAUCGGGAUAGUUAUUUAAUUGAAAGUGUCUGAGUUACCGUAUGAUGCAUGCCUUCCCUAGUGUUAUCAGUAAGGAAACUCAGGUUAUAUAUGAAAGAUUGAUAUAAUUGUUUUUGACGUAAGUAUUUGUUGUAGUCCGGUCAGCAAACCUAACGCGGAAAUUGAAACACGCAAUGCAAAGAAAUAUGAAAUGUUGCAGUACGAAAGUCACUUGUUAAGUUCACCCUAUUGACUAGAAAAUACUACGCAACUAUGAAAUGGUAAGGUGGCAAAUACUAUCAGUAUAACACAGUUCUAUUGUAGUAAAAGAACGUUCUAUGAUUUCGUGUUCCAUUAACAAUGCAGAAAAAUGAACUCAUUACUGCUAAAAUGAACUACUAAGUUAUGUAACCUGUUGCAGUUUUAGUUGACGGCAACUUAUAGCUUUCUACCUGUGCAGUUAUUUAAACAAUCGUAGUGUUUAUGAUAUCGUUUAAUAGAAAAAUGAAAGGCAAAAGCUUUUGCCAAAGAGUAACGAGCACCAUUUCUUAAUACAUUUGGUGGCCCUGAAAAGGACCGAUGGGUUCAAAGUAUUCUGCGAGAUUUAACCACCAAAACCAUACAAAGUACGACCUUGGCGUUUCAGUGCAUAAACAACGUCCAUCGCCGUCACCGUCUUUCUCUUGGCAUGUUCAGUGUAUGUCACAGCGUCACGAAUAACAUUCUCUAGGAACACCUUCAACACACCACGAGUUUCUUCGUAGAUAAGACCAGAGAUACGCUUGACACCACCACGACGAGCAAGACGACGAAUGGCUGGCUUCGUAAUUCCCUGGAUGUUAUCACGCAACACUUUCCGAUGACGCUUGGCACCUCCCUUACCGAGACCUUUACCUCCUUUGCCGCGUCCAGUCAUUAUGAAUGUAAAGUAACGAAAAAAUUUUCCAAGUAAGAAAGAGA